CAUCGUGCCAUUAAGGAAUCGGCAAUUUGAGAUCGACAUUCUUCCAAUACCAGUGCGGCUCGUGGUGCAAAGUGACGAUUGGCAUCCUCGUACUUGGGUUGCAAUGGAGCCAUGGGUGGACACAAGUGGACGCGACGGCAAAUGGUAGUCCAGAGAGUGCUACUGUCAUUGUCAUUGUCAAUAUUAUUGGAACAAGAAUUCAAAUAAUCCGUGGCAGAUGAUCGAAGCAGAGCUGCAAAGAAACGCUCAUAUGGUUUCAACUUUCGUGACAAUGGGGGAUCAUCUUGAUUCAUCUCAUUCUUUAUUCUUUCCUUUCUCAUCAUCUCAUUCAAUUCAACAAAAAGUGAAAGUUGUUUUUCUUCAGUGGGACGAUUGAGUGGCUGAUGAGUGCUCCCCUCGCUUCAGGCCCGAACCAUUACAUAGGCAGCUCUAAUGGCGUUUAAAAGAAACAACCAGAUGGCCGCUGACGUACUUACUUCCAACCAAUCCCCAAGCAAACUGCCGUUGACCUCUUGGAUCUUUUGAUGGUGGUACCGAAAGAUCUAGCUAGCUAGAGCUAGCUAGUAGAGUAAUCCUCCCCAUGCAUCGAAGCUGAAUCAUUUUGGUACAUCCAUCGCACUUGGAAGAACGUUUUCUGCAACAUCAGCAGCACCACAGAUCGUCCAAGGCCAAAACUCUCUUUGGGUUGGAUACACCACAAAAAGGUCAAAAGAGCUUUCGAUUCGUCAAGUUGGUUUCUUCAGAUCUUUCCUUGGAACUCUAGCUACUAGUGUGUGUAAAUAUCGAGUAUCUUCCAUCAUGAUAGUUCCAAGAAUUGCACUCUUGGCGGCGGCUCUUACCAGUACAUGUAGUGUGGUUGCCUUUGCACCACACACUUCUACUACAUGUACUAUUGGAAGAAGCCAAUCGAGACUGAGCACUACAAGAGCCUCCGUGUCUCUGGAUACCCCACAAAAUUCAGAAGAUGUCAAUACGUCGUCAUCGUCUACCUCCACAAAUGAUAAUAAUAAUGGCGCAGCCAACAACAACAAUGGCCCCGAUAUGGAAGCGUAUAGCAACGGCUAUGCCACUGUCUUUGAAGAACUUCCGUACAAAGAAUGCAAACCUAUUGACGGAAAAAUUCCAGACGAUCUAAUUGGAACCUACUUUCGCUCGGGUCCCGCCAUGUUCACGGCAGGAUCCAUUGUGCCGCCCAAACAAUCCCUGGUACAACCCAAAACACAACCCGUACCCGAUGGAGCCGAUAUGGAUCGCAUGGUAUCGCAUCCGUUUGAGGGCGAUGGAGCCAUUUUAGGAGUUACCUUUUCUGCUGGCGCUACCAAUACGGCGUCCACUCGAUUUCGGUUUGUCCGAACGGCCGGAUUCACCAAUGAACGAAAAAAGGGCAAACGCCUCUAUGCGGCCAUGGAUUCGACCCGAGAAUUGGGACCUCAGGCAGCCAUGGGACUCGGCAAUGAUCUCGCACUGCCGCUCUACCGUCAUCACUUGCAACCAGGAUUGAAUAAGCAACGAAAGAAUACAUCCAACUCGAGAGCCUUUUAUUGGGGAAAACGACUCAUUACCAUGUGGGAGGGGGGACUCCCGUACAAACUAGAUGGUCUCGCACUAUCCACCGAAGGACGAUCCCAACUAGGUGGAGUCUUGCAGGAAACGGAUCCCUUUGGAGGAAAGGGUGUCAUUGACUCCAAGGCCCAGAGGGCGCUCUUUUACAGUGUCAACCAAAAUCCAAAAUCAUCCGAUGUCACUCUCUACGAAUUCAACGAAAACUUUCGACCCGUCCAAGAAAAGGGUGGCAAGGUACAAACCAGCUUUUCCGGAUUUGCCAUGAUUUCCGAUUUUGGUGUCACGGAAAAUUAUGCCGUCUUUGUUCAGCCCAAUACUGUCGCCAAUGGGAUGCAAUACAUGUUCAACAAAGAACCAGGCAAGGUGGUGGCGUUGGAAAAGGGACCUUCCACACUGCAUCUGGUAGCUCGAGUAACGAGUUCCAAACCAUCCAAGAGCUUUCCCAUUCCCACGGAUGGAGCUGCCGCCGAUGCCGAGCUGCAGUUUUGCAAUGCCUACGAAGAUGACACUGGCCGUGUCGUGUUGGACGCGAUUCGGUCCGAUGGAUCCAACCUAUCGGGGUCGUCCACGGCACCCAAGUGGCCCUGGGCCAGCUCCUUGGCACAAUACACUGCAACAACACCCAAGAAAUCCCUAUGGCGCUAUGUGGUCGACCCCAAGUCGGGCGUUGUCGAGAAGGAACUCCUUUCCAACCUGCAAUGCUCGUUUGGUGUGGUCAAUCCGGCCGUCAGUGCUCAAAAACAUCGGUACAUUUACACGACAAUUGGUGCCAUGGGCAGUGAAGUGGCACCACCACAGGGGAUUGCCAAGUUUGACUGCGAAACAAAAGAAACACAAACAUGGAUGCCAAACGACAAUGAAUUCUGUGGAGAACCCAUGUUUGCCACCCGGCAAGGGGCCAGCCAAGACGAAGAAGACGAUGGGUACAUAUUAAGUGUCAUGUACAAUGGCAGCGCCAAAGAGAGUGAACUGAUAAUACUGGCAGCCAAAGACAUUGCGGCGGGGCCUAUCGCACGAAUCCCACUGGGUGUCGCGGUACCACAUGGUCUGUUUGGAUGUUUCACGGACGCCGAAGAAGCCAGGUGGGACGGUGAUACCAUUGACCGAAGAGCGAAACUAGCUGACAAAAUGGAAAGCAAAGGAAACAUGUGGAAUGAAGUCAAGAUUACAGCACCGGUUGCUGGUGUUCGAAACUGGUCCAGACGUUUGUCGCAACACGAUCGAUGCAAUGGCUAUUGA